UGGGAUGUGUGGACAGGUUUGUAAAAGAGGAAGAGGCAUGAAAAGCACCUGACUGAACACAACAGCAGCAGAGAGUGUGACAGUGUGAGCUGUAGGUAAACUGGGAGUGAUGGGAGCGGCCGGGAUCUCAUGGAGAACAACUAUGACUGUCAUCAUCACAGCAUCACAAAUCCCAGCUCUGAUCAGUGUCAGAACCACAGCCGUGACCGGUGUGGAGGGUCAGACGUUCAACUUCACAUGUGAAUACCCACAGAGCUGGCAGGGCAACGCCAAGUAUCUCUGCCGUGAGGACGACAAUGACAAUCACCUGAUACGCACAGAUAGACACAACCAGUGGGAAACAAAGGGACGCUUCUCCCUGUACGACAACACCACUGCAGCCUUCUUCCUGGUCCAAGUGGACAGACUGGUCCCAGAGGACGGUGGGACAUACUGGUGUGGGGUGGACGUCAGCUUACAACCGGAUCAUAUCAGUAUCAUACACCUGAACGUCUCUCGAGCAGCAAAGUCUCCAAACAAUCUGACUCAUCACAUAAAUGAAGUAUCCACAAUACAAACAGACGUCAAAGUGGACAAGCUCAACAUGUCACUGUUCCUGACUGCAGCGAUGUGUGUGGCAGCCAUACUGUUUGUGUGUCUGUUCACACUGUGUCUCCUGUGCGCUGUUAAACACCAGAGAUCAGGCCCACGCCAGAACAGAGAGACAUCAGCGGACUAUGAGACAAUGACGCCUGGUGAGGGAACUGAACCUGAACCCCGCUGCACCUGUUCACCUUCGGACUGUGCUGCUCCCUCAGCUCCACCGCCGCCACCUCCUGACCUCUGCCCCCACUUCACGUCAAAGCACCGGGAAUCCGCUGUCACUCUCGGCGAAUAUGCUGAAGUGGAUGUACGAGGCCACGUCUGCCAGUACCAACAUCUGGAUCUCAGCCAGUUGGAGGAUCAUGUUUAUCACAGGCUCUGUGGUCCUAAAGAUGGACCCAUGCAGAUGAACUGUUGAUACCACUCAGUUUAUUUCCAACUUGGGUCUUGUUUCUAAAACUUUAGACAGCACCUUAAAUCGUCAGAUAUAACUUUCUACGUUCUGAGAUACCUUGGUGCUGAUAGAGUAUUAAUAAUAAUAUGAUUUGUGGCCAAAACACACAUGUUUUAUACGUUUUGAAUGAACCUAUACUGUUCAUAAACUAUAAUAAAUUCCUAAAUCAAUAA